AUGUCACGACAGAAGCAGGAAUCCUGGGAGCCCCCUAGUGCUCCCAAAUGCUCACCUCGACAGUGCUCAAACACCUCCCUGGCUCCCUGCUCUGCUCCUUGCUGUGACCUCUGUUCAGGAGGCUACAAUUCUGGUUCCCAAAAGCCCGGGGAGCAGAGCCCUGGCAGCUCUCAGAGGGCUCACCGCAAGAAGCCCCGCUGCCUCAGUGGUGGCACAGUCUACCACAUCAAAGAGGAGGAGUGCUGAGAAACGCCAAGUUCAGUCCCAAGCGUAGCCAUUGUAAAUUCCCUAGAAAAUCAUGAUCUUCCUAUCUUUAUGGAAAUACUUCAAGUUUUACAGAGGGAAGGGAUGCUCUGGGAAGAUACUCAUGAGGAUCCAGUAGCGAUCUGGUGUGAUAAAGUGGCAGAAUGA